UUUGUGUAACACUGAAGUCUUCAUAAUAUUUUAUUUUGGUUACCAUUUGUAUUCAAUUUGGAUAAAUAUGGACUCUGGUAAUAAAUACGAACGGCCUUCACAUCCUAGAGCCAAUGCAAAUAUUCUUGAAAUCCUCACCUUUGGAUGGAUUUACAAACUUUUCAAAAUUGGAGAAAAAAGAGAUUUAGAAAUAAACGAUUUGUAUACAACACUAAAUGAUCACUUGUCAUCAUCAUUAGGCAGAGAAUUAGAAGAAAUAUGGAAGAAUGAGCUCGCCAAUGCUAAAAAAGCGAAUCGAUCGCCAAGCUUAACAAAAGCUUUGGUCAAAAUGUUUGGAGUUAAAUUUAUGUUAUAUGGAUUACUACAAUCAGUCGUCGAAAUUUUUCUAAAAAUGUCUCAACCAUUACUCAUCGGUGGACUGUUAUCAUACUUUAAUCCUAAUUUUUCUAACAACACGCAUAAUAUAAAAUACGCUUACAUGUAUGCGGUAUUGUUGGCAUUAAACAUGCUAGUUACUUUGGUCAUGUAUCAUGCAAUACAAAUAGAAAUAUUACAUUGUGGAAUGAAAAUGCGUAUCGCCUGCUGUUCAAUAAUAUUUAAAAAGGCAUUGCGACUAAGUAAAAUGGCUCUUGGUGAAACUACUGUCGGCCAAGUAGUAAAUUUGUUAUCGAAUGAUGUAAACCGGUUUGAUAGUGUAGUAAUAUUUUUCAACUACCUAUGGUUGGGUCCCUUACAGACAGUUUUAGUCACAUAUUUUUUGUGGCAAGAAAUUGGAGUAUCAUCAAUACUUGGAGUAGCGAUAUUACUAUUGGUCGUUCCAUUACAAGGUUGGAUAGGAAAGAAAAUUUCUGAAUAUCGACUAAAUACAGCUAUUAGGACCGACGAGAGAGUACGUUUGAUGAAUGAAAUAAUUUCAGGAAUUCAAGUUAUUAAAAUGUACACAUGGGAAAAACCUUUCGCAAAUUUUGUAGAAUAUGCAAGAAGAAAAGAAAUACAUGAGAUUAAAGGAUCAUCGUACUGUAGAGCAGUGAUGUUAUCUUUUACGGGUUUCCAUACUAGAGUUGCAUUAGUAUUCAGUAUAUUUGCAUAUGUGUUACUUGGAAACUAUAUAUCUGCCCAACAAGUAUUUGUUAUUACAUCAUAUUAUAAUUUAUUGCGGACAACAAUGUCAGGUUUUUUUCCACAAGGUAUUGCAAUAUUAGCGGAAAUGUCUAUAUCUAUUAAACGACUCCAGACAUUUUUAUUGUAUGACGAAAAAAACGAUCAAACAGUUUAUCUAUCAACAUCUGAUAAGACAAAUGUUAAUAGUAACAGAAAAAUUAUGUAUACUAAUGACAAUUUAACACCGAUUAAUAAAAUAUGUAAUGAUAAUGAAACAACUCAAUUAAAUAACAUUGGAGUUUUCGUAAAUAAUGCCACAGCUAAGUGGUCAGAUACUCAAACUGAAAACUCUCUAGAAAAUAUUAAUCUAACUGUAAUACCUGGUCGAUUAGUUGGAGUCGUCGGUCCCGUAGGAGCUGGAAAAAGUUCAUUAUUACAAGCAAUUUUAAAAGAAUUACCACUAUCCGAAGGAAAAAUUACAGUUAACGGUGUAGUUUCUUAUGCAUCACAGGAACCAUGGUUAUUUUCUGGUUCUGUACAACAAAAUAUCCUAUUUGGUUCUAAAAUGAAUAACGAGCGUUAUAAAAAAAUUAUACAAGUUUGUGCAUUAAAAGCUGACUUGAAACAAUUUCCAUAUGGUGAUAAAACAAUCGUGGGAGAGAGAGGAGUUUCUCUUAGUGGUGGACAAAGAGCGAGAAUAAAUUUAGCACGAGCUGUAUAUAAACAAGCGGAUAUUUAUUUAUUGGAUGAUCCUCUAUCAGCUGUGGAUACUCAUGUUGGCAAGCAUUUAUUUAGAAAAUGUAUUAAAGGGUAUCUUAGAGAUAAAACGUGUAUUCUUAUAACCCACCAAAUACAAUACUUGAGUAGCGUAGAUCAAAUUAUUCUAAUGGAUAAAGGAAACGUAUUAACAGAGGGAUCAUAUGACGAACUUCAGAAGUCAAAUUUAGACUUUAUUAAAAUGCUUGGAUCACCAGUAAGAACAACGAUUGAAUCCUAUAAUGAAAAUAUUAAAAACAAUACAAGCUCUAACAAUCAACGAAUAGGUUAUAGUCGACAAGUGUCUAUACAAAGUGUUGCAUCAUCAACUGAAGAUACCCAAUUUAAUGAAUUUCAAGAACAACCUGUUGAAAUAUCUGAAAAUCGAACUUCUGGAAGUGUUUCAAAAAGUGUUUAUUCUUCAUAUUUUUUUGCUGGCGGAAGUGAUUGUAAAAUAUUCUUUUUCUUUAUCAUAUGUAUUUUCACUCAAGUACUGGCCUCAGGUGGAGAUUUUUGGAUGACCUAUUGGGUUAAUCUAGAAGAACAUGUUUUUUAUAGAAUCAAAACUGUUACUGCAUAUGAUACUAAAACAACUGAUGAUCCGUCUACGACAUUAUUGUGGUGGUCAAUUUCUCGGGAAACGUGUUUCGUUGUUUUUAUUAUUUUAACUUUGUUUAUGAUAGCUGCCAAUAUCAUCAGGUCUAUUACAUUUGUAUCAGUUUGUAUGAAAUCUUCAAUGGUAUUGCACAAUAAGAUGUUUAAUGCUAUAACAAGAGCUACGAUGUAUUUUUUUAACACGAAUCCAUCAGGACGCAUUCUUAACCGAUUUUCAAAGGAUAUGGGAGCUAUUGAUGAGAUAUUACCACCAACAUUAAUGGAUUGCAUACAAAUUGGAUUAGUAUUAAUAUCAAUUGUAAUUGUUAUUGGAAUUAUAAAUUUUUACCUUAUGAUACCUACUUUCAUCAUUGCAAUAAUAUUUUACAAAUUUCGAGUAUUUUAUUUGUCAACUUCCCGCAGUAUCAAACGAUUGGAAGGAGUUACAAGAAGUCCCGUAUUUUCCCAUUUGAAUGCAUCGCUUCAAGGUUUAACCACAAUAAGGGCAUACAGAGCUGAACAAAUUUUAUCUGAUGAGUUUGACAACCAUCAAGACCUACAUUCUUCGGCUUGGUAUAUAUUUAUUUGUUCAAGUAGAGCAUUUGGAUUAUGGCUGGACAUAGUAUGUUUUAUCUUUAUAGUAAUUGUGAUAUUUAGCUUCUUGAUAAUUGGAAAUACCAUAUAUGGAGGAAAUGUUGGUCUAGCUAUUACACAAGCAAUUAGUCUGGCCGGAAUGUUCCAAUGGGGAAUGAGACAAUCAGCUGAAGUAGAGAACCAAAUUACUUCAGUUGAAAGAGUACUUGAAUACACUAAUGCUCCACAAGAAGAUGUUCUCAAAUCACCGCUAGAAAAAAAACCACCCAAGGAAUGGCCUAUGAAUGGAAAGAUAAUUUUCAAAAACUUUUAUCUUCGAUAUAGCACAGAUAGUCCAUUUGUAGUCAAAAAUCUUAAUAUAAAUAUUGAGCCAAUGGAAAAAGUUGGAAUCGUAGGGAGGACUGGUGCAGGAAAAUCAACAUUAAUCGGAGCAUUAUUUAGAUUAGCUAUUAAUGAGGGAAAUAUCAUCAUUGACGAUAUAGAAAUACACGGUUUAGGACUUCACGAUUUACGGUCUAAACUUUCGAUCAUCCCGCAAGAACCCAUUUUAUUUUCAGGAACUAUGCGAACCAAUUUAGAUUCGUUUAAUGAAUAUCCAGAUCAUAUUCUUUGGAAUGCUUUAGACGAAGUAGAACUUAGAUAUAUUGUUGAAGAUUUACCCAAUGGUCUUUACUCAAAAAUGUCAGAAGGUGGUUCCAAUUUCAGUGUCGGCCAAAGACAAUUGGUGUGUUUAGCUAGAGCUAUUGUUCGAAAUAAUAAGAUUCUUGUAUUAGAUGAAGCCACUGCCAAUGUUGAUCCACAAACUGAUUGUUUUAUCCAAAAUACUAUUAGAAAUAAAUUCCGAAUGUGUACGGUGCUAACUAUUGCUCAUCGUUUGAAUACAGUAAUGGAUUCAGACAAGAUACUUGUAAUGGAUGCAGGUACAAUGGUUGAAUUCGAUCAUCCAUAUAAUUUGUUAAAAGAUAAAAAUGGGUUCUUGUAUAAAAUGGUGGAACAAACUGGGUCAACCAAUGCAGAAUUUUUACAUAACAUAGCUUCAGAGAGCUAUAAUAGAAUGAUUUUAACAAAAGAAUACCUUAUAAAGAUAAAAAUGGAUGCAACGUUCAAAGAAGAAAUACCACCAAAUCCAAGAUCAAAAGCUAAUAUUUUUGAAAUUAUAACAUAUAGGUGGAUUUUAAAAUUUAUCAAAAAAGGAUUAAACAAAGAAUUGGAUUUUAUUGACUUAUAUAAUGUUUUGGAUGGUGAUUCGUCUGAUUUAUUGGGAAAUGAAUUACAAAAAUUUUGGGAUGAUGAAUUAAUAAAUUCAAAAACUAAUAACAGAAAACCUAGUUUUGUUAAGACACUAUUCAAAAUGUUUGGCAAAAGGUUUAUGUUUAGUGUAACUUAUUUAACUGUAUUUCAGAUUACUUUAAGUAUAAGCAUUUCAACUAUGGUAGGACUGAUAGUCAAUCAUUUUGAAACUAAUACAUCUUUUGAUCAAAAUCCAGUUGGAGUAUAUUUAGCAAUUGGACUAGUUUCACUUUUAUUAAUAAGAGCAAUUAUGCAUAGCAGCAUCAGCAUGUCAAGUGCACAUUUAUCGAUGCAAAUGCGCGUGGCAACAUGUGAUCUCAUUUACAAUAAGGCUCUUCGGCUCAAAAUAAAUUCCCUGGACUCAACUACAACUGGUCAUAUAAUAAAUUUAAUGUCAAACGACGUUAACCGAUUUGAUGUAUCUUUAAUAUAUGUACCUUUCUUAUUGAUUGGACCUUUGGAAACAUUUGUUACGAUUUAUUUUUUGUGGCAAGAAGUAGGUGUGUCAUCAAUUAUAGGAGUGAUCACAUUACUUAUAUUUAUACCAUUACAAGUCUGGUUAGCGUCGAUAACUUCUAAUAUUCGAUUAAAAAUAGCCAACAAAACUGACAAGAGGGUUCAUUUAAUGAAUGAAAUAAUAUCGGGAUUACAAACAAUCAAGAUGUAUACUUGGGAACCAUUUUUUGAUAAUCUUACAAAACAAUUAAGAAAGGAAGAAAUCGCCAAAAUUAUUGAAGCAUCAUACAUCAAACGUAUUUUGACGUCUUUCUUUUUAUUUAACACAAGAAUCGCAUUGUUUUUUAACAUAUUUUCAUACGUUCUGCUUGGAAAUUAUAUAACCGCAUCAAAAGUAUUUGUUGUGACGUCGUACUAUAACAUUUUGCGGUCGUCACUAACAUUACUUUUCCCACCAGGAAUAAGUCUAGCUGCUGAAUUACUAGUUUCGAUCAAACGAAUUGAGAAUUUCCUUUUACGUGAAGAAAAAGGUAAACAACCAAUAAGUCAAACAAAAAAUACCAACGGGUUUGAAAAAUCAAAUAACCACAGUGCAGUUCCAAAUAAUAAUAGUAUCAAUUUAAAUAAUUUAAAUGAUACUGAACAAUUAAGUAAUUUUGGUAUAGUUAUCUCGAAUGCUACUGCCAAGUGGUCAGACGCUCAAACCGAAAAUACUUUAGACAAUAUUAAUUUAAUCAUAAGACCUGGUCGAUUGGCUGCAAUAAUCGGACCAGUAGGAGCUGGAAAAAGUUCGUUAAUACAAGCAAUUUUACAUGAGUUACCACUUUCUGAAGGAAACAUUUCAGUACACGGAAUAGUGUCUUACGCGUCACAAGAACCAUGGUUGUUUUCAGGAUCUAUAAGACAAAAUAUUUUAUUCGGUUCGACAAUGAAUAAGGAUCGUUAUAAAAGGGUUAUACAAGUAUGUGCAUUAAAAACUGAUUUUGAACAAUUGACAUACGGUGAUAAAACAAUAGUAGGGGAAAGAGGAGUUUCUCUUAGUGGGGGACAGAGAGCAAGAAUCAAUUUAGCAAGAGCGAUAUACAAGCAAGCGGAUAUUUAUUUAUUAGAUGAUCCUUUAUCAGCAGUCGACACUCGUGUUGGAAAGCAUUUAUACGAAAAAUGCAUAAAAAAUUACCUUAAAGAAAAGACUUGUUUACUCGUAACCCAUCAAAUUCAAUACUUAACUAAUGUAGAUCAAAUUGUUCUGAUGGAAAACGCAAAGGUGGUAACAGAGGGUUCUUAUCAAGAACUUCAAACUUCUGGUUUAGACUUUACUAAAUUGUUCAAACCUUCUACUGAAACAGCAGUUUUACCUGAUAAUGAGUGUAAAAUAGAUAAAUCUUGUAACAAUAAUAUAGCACGUUCCAAAUUAUAUAUUCGUCAAGAGUCUAUCUUAAGCAUUGCAUCAUCAAUAGAAGAAACCAAAUUUAGUGAUACUAUAACUGCACCUGUUGAAAUAGCUGAAACCCGUUCUUCGGGAAAUGUAUCAUUUAAUGUUUAUUUGUCAUACAUUUUAGCUGGUGGUCAUAUGUGCAAAGUUAUAUGUUUAAUAUUGAUUUGUAUUUUUACACAAUUCCUCACAUCUAGUGGAGAUUAUUGGAUAACUUAUUGGGUAAAUUUAGAAGAACAUAUUUUUAGUACAUCCAAACCUCUUAUGCCUAUCAGUAACGGUACUUCUACCACAGUUAAUCCUUUUGUAGAAUUGAUACCGUGGAUUGUAUCAAGGAAAACUUGUGUUAUUGUAUUUGCUGCAUUAACGUUCUCAAUCAUAUUAGCCACCUUAGUUGAAUCCAUUUUAUUAGUAUCUGUAUGCACUACAGCAUCAACAAAUUUACACAAUAAAAUGUUUAAUGCUAUUACAAGAUCAACAAUGCAUUUUUUAAAUACAAAUUCAUCAGGGCGAAUUCUCAAUCGUUUUUCAAAAGAUAUAGGACUUAUUGAUGAAAUAUUGCCUAAUAUUCUAGUUGACGUUAUACAAAUUGGUUUAAUGGUGAUUGGGAUGUUCGUAGUUGUUGGAAUCGUUAACCCUUAUUUAACCAUACCAACAAUUAUUUUAGUAAUGAUUUUUUUUAAAAUGAGAAAUAUUUAUAUGACUAUAUCUCGUAACAUUAAACGUCUAGAAGGAGUCACUCGGAGCCCUAUGUAUACCCAUGUGAAUGCAUCUAUUCAUGGACUGACCACAAUAAGAUCAUUUAAAGUAGAACAAAUACUUUUUAAAGAGUUCGCCAUCCACCAAAAUUUACACUCUGCAGCGUGGUAUUUAUUUAUUGCCUUAAAUAGAGCAUUUGGAUUUUGGCUGGAUUUAAUUUGCAUAUUAUUUAUAAGUACUAUAACAUUUUACUUUAUAUUUAUUGACAAUGAUAACUAUGGUGGAAAUGUCGGGCUGGUUAUCACGCAAGCUAUUGGAUUAACUAGUCUGUUCCAAUGGGUAGUUAGACAAUCUGCGGAAUUGGAAAAUCAAAUGACGUCUGUUGAAAGAGUUUUAGAAUACACAAAUGUACCACAAGAAUCAACUUUUGAAUCGCUUCCAGACAAGAAGCCAUCAAAAACAUGGCCACAUGAAGGUCGAAUUAUAUUCAAAAAUUUGUAUCUACGUUAUGACCAAGAUGCAUCGUUUAUUUUGAUCGAUCUAAAUAUUAACAUUGCACCAGCAGAAAAAAUUGGAAUUGUUGGAAGAACUGGUGCAGGAAAAUCAUCUUUGAUUUCUGCAUUGUUUAGAUUAGCUUUUAACGAAGGUAAAAUCAUUAUCGACGGAAUAGAAAUACAUGAAUUGGGAUUACACGAUUUGCGAUCUAAAAUUUCCAUCAUACCUCAAGAACCAGUUUUGUUUUCAGGAACAAUGAGAAACAAUUUAGAUCCAUUUAAUGAAUACCCGGAUCACAUUCUUUGGAAAGCUUUAGAUGAAGUGGACCUCAAAAAUGUUGUAGACGAUUUAUCGGAUGGCCUAAACUCGAAAAUUUCAGAAGGUGGAUCUAAUUUCAGUGUCGGUCAAAGACAAUUAGUAUGUUUAGCCAGAGCAAUUAUACGAAAUAACAAAAUUCUUAUAUUAGACGAAGCCACUGCAAAUGUUGACGCACAAACCGAUUCUUUGAUUCAAAACACAAUUAGAAAUACAUUUCGUAAGUGUACAAUAUUAACGAUUGCACAUCGGUUGAAUACAGUGAUGGAUUCUGAUAAGAUACUCGUGAUGAACGCUGGCACAGUAGUUGAAUUUGAUCAUCCAUACAGCUUAUUGAAAAAUAAAGAUGGAUAUUUACAUAAAAUGGUAGAACAAACCGGACAGAGCAAUGCUCAAUCGUUACGCAAUUUAGCUCAUGAGAGUUAUAAUAAAGGACAUAUGCUAAACGGUCAUCGAUUGUCAAGCAUUAACGAAGACGAAGACUAAACCGGAUCAUGAAUAGUAUACAGUUAUUUACGUAUAAUCAAAUUAAUAUUUGAUAAUUAUAGCAUAUUUAAGU